AUGCGUUCGACCCAAGUCCUGGUUCAUCUGUCGCUGUUUUUAUCGUCUGUUCAAGCCUUUCAGCCUUGGAUUCCCGAGUACCGCUGCGAGCUAUUCGACGACUGCAAAUCUUCAGACAAGAGGCAAUUGAAAGACCAAGGUGCCCUUGCAUCCGAUGUGGUAAACGCCAUCAAGUCCGUCAAGAGCCCAUCUUUCCAGGUUGGUCCUCAGACUACCGAUGAUUUGCAGACCGAAGAUGUCCAGCUUGACCGAGUUUCUCGUGAGGCCGUCCGUCUCACCCGCAAAUACGCAAGGUUUCAAUCUGCUGCCAUUGUCCAGGAGAGAGCUCGCCAGUCCACGAGACAAAGCGUGUAUCGAAUUGUUACAGCCGCAGACACCAAGCUCAAGAACGCUGCCAGUGUCGCACAGGACGGCACCGACUUCUCCUACUUUGCCCAAGUCAAGUUUGGUUCCAAGGCGAAGCCUUUGUGGAUGCUCGUCGACACCGGGGCUGGCACCAGUUGGGUAAUGGGGUCUUCGUGCAAAUCAUCUGCCUGUGAGAAGCACGGCUCCUUCGGCCCUAGCGAUUCGGACACAUACAAGGAUCUUGGAGAGAAUUUUUCCGUCGCCUACGGCUCUGGCUCAGUCAAGGGCCAGAAGAUAACCGACACUAUUUCGUUUGCCGGUAUGAAUCUCAAAUUCGAGUUCGGUGUCGCCAAUGAGACCUCGGAAGACUUUAACCACUUCCCCUUCGACGGCAUCCUGGGUCUCUCAAUGGCCGGCGGCGAGACGGAGAACUUUGUGCAAGCUGUCCAAAACUCCAAAGUGCUCGCCGCCACAAUCUUCUGUGUCUACCUGAACAGAGCGGCGGAUGGACCCAACACGAGUGAGAUCAGCUUUGGUAAUUGCAACCCGGAUAAGUACAAGGGCGACUUUACGUACACUCCAGUGGGCUCUGAGAAUGGCGACUGGGCGAUCCCCGUGGACGGCAUUACUUACGACGGGAAAAAGUCUGGUGCGGCAGGAAAGCUUGCCUACAUCGACACUGGUACGUCCUACGUCUUUGGUCCGCAGUCCGACGUCGCCGCGUUCCACAGCAACAUCCCGGGAUCUUCCUCGGACGAUGGCACAACCUACAAGGUGCCGUGUGACAGCAACAAAGCCGUCGCUUACACCUUCUCUGGCGUCAGCUACACUAUCUCCGCCAAAGAUUGGAGGAGCAAGCCGAACGCCGAAGGCGUUUGUACGAGUAACAUUUAUGGCCACGAGGUGGUACCGGGAGCCUGGCUGCUGGGAGAUGUUUUCCUAAAGAACGUAUACGCGGUCUUUGACAAGGACCAAAAGCGUAUUGGAUUCGCAACCAGGAACGACCCUCCACCAGUCACCAGCACCACCUCGACCGCCCAACCGGCCUCGACGCCUCCUGUGGUGAACCAGCCUGGUUUGACCACUGUUGUGGCGUCAAAGGCGACCACCACGCCCACCUCGCCUAUCACGCCCACCACGCCCACUCUUGGUCUGAGCGGGCACGAGACAACUGGCGCGACCGCGCAAACCCCAUCCAUGACAGGCGCGGCAUCUUUUCCCCGCGCCAAUGUGGCUGCCGCGGCAGCCCUUUGUCUCUUCGCCAUGUUCGGAUGUUAUUAA